UCCGCGGCAGUGGUCCCUUAACCUCCGGGAGACUCGUGGGUCAGAGCCAGUCCAGUUCUCUCUCUAGAAAGUCGUGAUAUAUUCGCCAUGGGGAAUCCUCAGGUCUUCUUCGAUGUUGUAGCGGACAGCAAACCUCUUGGUAGAGUUGUUAUGGAGCUGCGUGCUGACGUAGUUCCCAAGACUGCAGAGAACUUCCGUGCUCUGUGUACAGGAGAAAGAGGAUUCGGCUACAAGGGCUCCACCUUCCAUCGUGUCAUCCCAAACUUCAUGUGUCAGGGUGGUGACUUCACUGCUGGUAAUGGAACUGGUGGCAAGUCAAUCUAUGGGACGAAGUUUGCCGACGAAAACUUCACUCUGCGUCACACUGGCCCAGGUGUCCUGUCCAUGGCCAAUGCUGGCCCCAACACAAAUGGCUCGCAAUUCUUCCUGUGCACUGUGAAGACCCAAUGGCUUGAUGGGAAACAUGUUGUCUUUGGCAAUGUUAUUGAAGGCAUGGAUGUUGUUCGUCAAGUUGAAGGUUUUGGGAGGCCAAGUGGCGAGACCACCUCAAAGAUUAUUAUUGCCAAUUCUGGCCAGCUGUAACUUAACAUUCCUUUUUGCCCACACACCUAGAUCUGUAGCUUAUAUGUACAGUAGUCAUUAAUGUGGGUGAGGAUGCCGUACUUGUGACUAUUGUAGUUGGUCAUAACAUCAUGUGUGGUUUCAAUUGAGUAGCCCUUGAUUAACUUCAGUCACCUAGAAGUUUUUUUUUCAUUUACAUGAUUUUUACAUUGUAUUUGAAUGUCGACGCCAGGCUGAUAUUCAGUGUAUGUCGUCUUCUCACUUUCAUCAGUAAAAUCACAGAAAAACUAUAGUUUCCUUGACCCUACUUUUUGUGUAUGUAAAAGUACUGUACCAUUACUCUUGCAGGAUUGGAGGUGUGCCUAGUGAUGAAGUUAUUCCAUGGGGAUAUGUAAUGCAGACGGCAGUAAAUCUUUAUUUAGUACUAGUACUUAAAUUAAAAUAUUUUUUAGUGGUAAGGAAUUUGGACAUGUAAAGUGUAGUUGAAUUGGCGGAGACCUUCCCCUCCCUUUUUCUCCAAAAAGGUAAUUUCUGAAUUGUGUAAAUAUUAGUGAAAAAAAAAUGUACAAAGUUAAAGUUUCAUUAUACUAUUGUUCACAAUCUUUGUUCUGUUAAAAUUAAAACUUUGACAAUGUACCUACUACCACCAGUCACUUGUUGGCUUUGGGCUCCUAAGCAAGCUUCUGACCCCAUUCCUUUUGGGUGUCUUGGCUUUUGUAAUAUUCUAAAACUUUUAAGGUCCUUAGUUACAGGUUGACAACCCCUUAUACAAAAUUUAGAAAACUGAAAACCGAAAUUAUUUUUUUGUGGAGCACUACUUUUUUUUUUUUACAGGGAUUAGCACACCCUGGCACAGGUCACUGACCCACAUCAGGGCCUGGGGGGCGAAAAUAUAAUAAUAAUUAUUACUCAUAGCAAAUAAAAUUGAUAAAAAAUACACAAUAAAAUUAAUAACAAUAAUACUAAUAAAAUAAUAAUAAUGAAUCCAAGAAUGAAAAGAUAAAAAAUGAGGAACACGACCUAGACCUAUGAAUUAUUAUUUUUUUGCCCCCCAGGCCCCAUUAUGGGUCGGUGGGCUGAUCCAUGUUAAAAAAAAAAUAAAUAACCGUUCUGAAAUCAGAAAUGCAUCUGGCCCCAAGGAUUUCUGAUGAGGGAUUGUCAACUGGUACUUAAAUGCAAGAUUGGUUUUUAAGCAAAUAUUGCUAAAUAAUUAUACCUAUAGGACCAUUCAAAUGCUGUACUGUAAGACUCCCAAGUUUGCUUUAAAAGAGCAGGGCACAAGUGUAGGAGUAAUGCAUGUUAAGUAUUUUGGUGGGGUGAAGUAAAUACAGUAAAGCCUAGAUUGACCUCUUGAUGGCCUUAACAGAAGCAUUUGAUGUAAACAUGUUAUACAACAGCUUGGUUAUUUCUGCAUCAAAUUGCAACUGCAGUUAUUUAUGACAGAUACACAUCAGCAGGCAUUCAGAGAGCCUGCCAGCAUGAAAAUAUUUGUAUCUGCUUAAUUUAAAUAUAGCUAUCAAGUAA